CCCCUCCUUUUUUCGUACCGCUUCUUACCGCCGCUUCUUUCCUUUCUUCCCGCCGGCUUUUUCCCCGGUCCGCUCUUUUUUGAUAAGACAAACGGUAGAUUAUCAGUCUGUCUUGCUUAUCAUCAAAAUCAUGUGGUACAUGCGUCGUGUGUGUGUGGGUUAUUGCACCCCCUCCCAAUUUAUCCUUAUGCGUUCCUGCAUUUCUUCUUCGCUCGUAUAAAUUGGAUCAUUCUUCUUCCAAUCAACUUUAUUCUCGUUCAUCCAUCUUCCAUUUUUUCCUUCUUCCUCUCUCCUGGCAAGCAAGCAAAAAUGAGUACUGAAGAAAAACGAUCCCCUGACGAAAUUCAGUCAGAGCUACCAAAGUAUGAGCUUACAACAGAAGAACAAGUAGUCAAUGCUGCUUUUGGUGGCGCAAGCGCAAGAGGUGCAACAUUGGAAGAUUGCAUGUACUAUGCUGAUCAACAAUAUUAUUGCAAUGAUACCACCCCUCUCGAAGCAUUCACAAAAGAACCAACGGGAAAAGGAAAUCUUGUUCGUAGAUUGUUCAAAAGAAAGAAUGAUGCAGUCGAAUCUUCAGCCAGCUCUCAAGCCGUUGUUGAAAAGAUUGAUGAAUUCCCUGGACCUGAGAUCAAAAAAGGACCUUUACGUUUCAUUUGGGGUCCAUCUUCUCCACCAUUGCAAAUCGCACCUCAAGAUGAAAAAGCUCAACAUGAAAAUGCAGUCGUUCAUGCCGAUGAUCUUGAUCCAGAUGAUGAACGUAAUCAAGACACAAUGGACAGAUUGAUCUUACGUCAAAUUACUUGGAUGAGAUGUGUUUAUUUGAUCACUUCUGAUGUCUUGGGUCCUUAUCAAGGUCCAUAUGUCUAUUCUCAAGUAGGAUACGUUCCAGGUACAAUCGUUUACGUUGUUAUGGGCCUCAUGGCUUAUUUGGCAGGAUGCAUCUUGAGUGUCUUAUAUCUACGUACGGAUUCUGAUCGUAUGCCUGUUCGUAGCUUCGGAUCUUUGGUCGGUCGUGUUUGGGGCUUUUGGGGUAAAGCGGUCACAGAUGUCUUCUUUAUCAUUCAACUUAUCUUCCAAUGCGGUCUUUUACUUUUGACAAACUCUCAAGGUCUUGGAAUGAUUAUCGAUGGUUCAGGUACAAACCCUGAUGGAUCACCAAAACAUCAUUUAUGCUUUUCAGUUAUGAUUGUCGUCUUUUUGGCCAUCAAUAUCGGAUUUUCUUUCAUCAGAUCUUUGAAGCCAAUCGCAAAAAUGGGUACUCUUUCCCUUUACUUGGCAAUCGCUUCCGUCAUCAUUAUCACCGUUUUCAUUUACAUUUCACCUCCAAACUAUGCCGCAGCCUUGCAAGCAUUCGGAACUCCAAAAGGACCCGUUGUUACAGGUGCAUUUAUCUCUUUGCCAAUAGCAGCAAAAGUCAACGGUAUCAUGAACAUGGUUUAUGCAUUCGGAGGUAGUAUGGUGUUCCCAAACUUUUUCGCAGAGAUGCGUAAACCAUGGGAUUUCUACAAAUCCUACUUUGUUGCUCAAGUGAUCAUUAUGAUCUUUUACAUCUUAUUCGGUAUUCUCAUUUACGCACGUCAAGGUCAAUUCACUCAAUCUUUGUUCUACUUUGGCGUAAGUGAAUACUCUUACCAAACCGUUGGAAAUGCAAUCGGAACAUACACAGGUGUUGUUGCUGCUAUCUUAUAUGGUAACAUUGCACAAAAGGAAUUAUACCAAAUCAUCGUUCGUAGAUUGUUCAAAGGUCCAAGAUUGAUGUCAAACAAAGCAUUGCCUUUCUACACAAUCAUCAAUGUGGUUUUCUGGGGUAUUGCAUACAACAUUGGUGCUGCCAUUCCUCAAGUUCAAACUGUUUCAGGUAUUAUUGGAGCCGUAACAAUUCUUCAAUUCUCCUUCACUUUCCCAUUCUUGCUCAAAUUCACUUUUGACGUUCAAGUUGACGCAAUGAAGGGUGAUCUACCUUAUGUUCCUGGUACGAUGGGCAGAGUUCAACACAGAGCUGAUACUUGGUCGCAAUGGUCUCGUUGGCGCAGAGGUUUGUUCGGCGGUAAUGUGUACAGUAAAGCUGUUUUCUUGAUCCUUGGUUUAGCUUCUGCUUCUAUGGCUGGCUUGGGUAUUUAUGGUUCAUUAGAAUCGAUCAUUACCACUUUCGCUUCGCCACAAACAACUAAACCUUACGGUUGUGCUACGCCUUGAUUUCUCUUUUGGGUUAUCAAAUAUGUCAUUGUAUGAAGUUUUCGUAAAAUAAUGAUGAUGACUUUCCGCUUUACUAAGUUUUGUUUGCCUGAUUGGCUGAAAAGUUCAGGAUCUAUCAUUCAAGUAUGAUAAAGACUUCAUCUGAGAGACCGAUGCAUUUUCCGUGUAUUCCGAAGAAUCGCUGGUACGUUAAUAGUAACAGCAAGCUAGACAAAAAGCGCAAUAAGAUCAUUGCAGCUGCUCUUUGCGUGCUGUACCUGAAAAGUCUUUUCAAAGGCCAACAUUGUUUAGUGGAAUUACCCUUUUAUCCGACCAAUAUUCAUACUUGCUUUAAGAUAGGCAUU